AUGAACGGCCACUUCGCCGCUGUCGGCGAUGCGCCGGCUGCUGAACAAUACAACCAUGGCGUCCAAGUCAUCGACGAGGACAAGCAGUACAACACCAACCUGAACCAAUACCUCGCCGGUACCCAGGUAGCCCAAGCUGGCUUCAACUAUCACCUUAUCUCCGUCUUUGGCUCCCAGUCCACCGGAAAGUCGACCUUGUUGAACAACUUAUUUGGCACCGACUUCAGUGUCAUGUCCGAGACGGAACGCCGUCAAACCACAAAAGGAAUAUGGAUGUCUAAGAACAAGAAAGAAAGCACGGCCGAUGGCUCCGUCAAGCUAGCGGACAACAUCCUGGUCAUGGACGUCGAGGGUACCGACGGCCGUGAGCGAGGCGAGGACCAGGAUUUCGAGAGAAAGAGUGCCCUGUUCGCCCUGGCAACAAGUGAGGUCCUGAUUGUCAACAUCUGGGAGCAUCAGGUCGGUCUGUACCAGGGCGCAAAUAUGGGCCUGCUGAAGACCGUUUUCGAGGUCAACCUGCAGCUUUUCCUGAAAGACAAGCAGUCAACACCCAGAUCUUUGCUCUUCUUCGUCAUCCGAGAUCACCUGGGAACCACGCCCCUCGCGAACUUGCGCAACACGCUGAUUCAGGAUCUGACCAAGAUCUGGACCUCCCUAUCCAAGCCCCAGGGGCUCGAGGCAUCCAAGAUCGAGGAUUACUUCGACUUCGCAUUCGCGGCUCUACCGCACAAGAUUCUUCAGCCCGACAAGUUCGUGGCCGAGGUUGAUAAUCUGGGGAAGAGGUUCGUGGCAGGACAUCGCUCAACCAAGGAUCAAGAGUUCGAGGGCGGUGUGUUCCUAGCCGAAUACCACCGUAGGAUUCCUGCCGACGGUUUCCCUGUGUAUGCAGAGGGCAUCUGGGACCAGAUCGUCAACAACAAGGACCUCGAUCUGCCGACCCAGCAGGAGCUUCUCGCGCAGUUCCGUUGCGACGAAAUUGCUCGGGAGGUUUUGAUUUCUUUUGAUGCCGCAGUCACGCCUCUCGAAGAGAAGCAGGCAGAGGCAGUCCGUGCAGGCAAGCCGACAGUACUGCCAGACCUGGGAGCCACCGGUAAGUCUUCUCGUGAGAAGACUACCAAGGCGUUCGAGAUACAAGCGAGCCGGUACCAUAAAGGGGUCUACAAGAGAAAGCACAUUGAGCUCGAGGAGAAGAUUGAUUCGCGCCUGAAGGCUCUCUUUCAUGGCCAGCUCACGGCGGCACACAAGGCCGGCGUGGCUGCUUUCACCGAGGCCGUAACGAACGCUGUCAAGGCCGGCCAGAAGGCUGGUGGCCAAUAUGAAUUUGCUGAGAUCGUCGAAAAGCAAAAAAAGAAGACCCUGGACAUCUACAAGAAAGAGGCGCAGAGCCUGGCCAUCGAGGGCGUUCCAUGGACCAACUUCAAGCCUCAAUACUUGAUGUUUGGGAAGGAGCUGGACGAGGUUGGCGCAAGGCUACGAAAAGAGGAGAUGCGUCGUCUGGCUACUCGUGUCGAACGAUGGGUCAAAUCCCGUCUUGGAGACGCUGUGGGGCUGGAGUUCAACAAGAUCGGUUCUGGACGUGGCGGCUCGGGCGCUCCAGAGGAUGGGGAGAAACCAGCCUCUGAGAAGGAUCUUUGGGACCGCAUCUGGAGUGUCUUCGUCUCCAUUGUUAAUGAAGCACAAGAUCGUUUCAGGGAUCGAGCCAAGAACUUGGAGGCCACGGACGAAGAGGUCGAGAUUGGGGUCUGGAGGCUGCGACGCAAGAGCUGGGUCGCACUGCGCGUAAAGGUCGAGGAGGAGGUGAUGGAAGGCAAUAUUCUUCUCAAGCUCCGUGAGAACUUUGAGGACAAAUUCCGUUAUGAUGAGUCAGGGGUCCCAAGGAUCUGGCGCCCCAGCGACGAUAUCGAGGGUAUUUACACUCGUGCACGCGAGUCGACCCUGGUCCUUAUCCCGCUAUUGUCGAGGUUCAGAUUAUCGGCGACCUAUGGACCACCCGAUCUGCCUGCGUUCAUCGGCAACCAGCCUGCCGGGGUCGAACCUGGAGAUGAAGAAGACCUCACCCCCAUCGGUGGCGUCGACGAGGAAGAGGGCAAGAGCCUCGAAGAGGAAAUGACGGUGCUCAGCGAGAGCAAGAGGCAGGAUCUUGUAAUCCGCUUCAAGAAGACGGCAGAUGGUGUCUACGUUGAGGCGAAGCGCAGUGCUCUCGGUGGCAUGACGCAGAUACCUCUGUAUUUCUACGUCGUCCUUCUGGUGCUUGGGUGGAACGAGAUAUGGAUGGUGCUGCGCAACCCAGUCUUGUUCAUACUGCUGCUCCUCUCCGCGGGUGGCACGUAUAUUGCAUACAACCUCAACCUUCUGGGGCCCAUGAUGCAGAUGAGCAAUGCUGCUACCAACCAGGCCGUCGAAAUUGGAAAGCAGAAGCUUCGGGAUUUUCUGGAAAAUAAUGAGACGGCAAGGUCGGCACUGGCCAUGCCAGCCCGGAGGGACACUGACUCGAUCAGCUUGGAAACACUCGACUCCAAGGGCAAGCGGCGGGACAAGGAUGAGGACGAAGAUGACAUUUGA